UCUCAGGUGUGUCUGAUGCUGGUUCAGAUAGAGUGUCAGUGUCAGUGAAGGAGGGAGAUCCAGUCACUCUACACACUGAUGUUAAAAUUAACCAUCAAGACAUAACGAUGUGGUAUUUUAAUGGCAAGCGCAUUGCUUACAUCAAUGGAGUUCAGAAGAUCUGUACAGAUGAACAGUGUCCUGAGAGAUUCAGAGACGGACUGAAGCUGGAUCAUCAGACUGGAUCUCUGACCAUCACAAACACCAGAAUCACAGACUCUGGAGAAUAUAAACUACUGGUGGGCGGCAGCAACAAUGAAAAGAUCUUCAAUGUUAUUGUCACUGGUGUGUCUGAUGCUGGUUCAGAUAGAGUGUCAGUGUCAGUGAAGGAGGGAGAUCCAGUCACUCUACACACUGAUGUUAAAAUUAACCAUCAAGACAUAACGAUGUGGUAUUUUAAUGGCAAGCGCAUUGCUUACAUCAAUGGAGUUCAGAAGAUCUGUACAGAUGAACAGUGUCCUGAGAGAUUCAGAGACGGACUGAAGCUGGAUCAUCAGACUGGAUCUCUGACCAUCACAAACACCAGAAUCACAGACUCUGGAGAAUAUAAACUACUGGUGGGCGGCAGCAACAAUGAAAAGAUCUUCAAUGUUAUUGUCACUGCUGUUCCAGAUUCAGGUCUGUCUUCAGCUGCUGUAGCAGGAAUUGUUGUUGCUGUUCUGCUGGUGGCUGCAGUUGUUGGUGGUGUGAUGAUCUAUCGCCGCAUGAGAUACAGAAAUGACAAGAAGAAAAACAAACAAGGGGUUCUGCUGAAAGUCUAAUGAUGAGACAGAGAGAGGUGAAAGUCACAUGAUCUGAAAGGAUUGCAACAGAUUGCAACAAAGCUUUGGCUUAUUAUCUGAUAUUUGCAGCUUAUAAACCUACAUUACAUGCUUUUAUCCAAAGCAACAAAAGAG